GUAAAUUAUAAUACUAUAGUCAAGAGAGGGCAAAUGAAUUUGUUUCAAAGAUUAAUCAAUAUUUUAUUGUAUCCAAUUGUUCGAACUUGUAUGGGGGACAUUAAAAUUUAUAUUGGUGUCUCAUUUCCCUCUUAUUUUUUUCUCGUUAACUUGCCUGAAUAUUUAAUAUUCGUCUCUUAAAUACAUGAUUUUAAAAGUUUGCGUUUUUACUGCAAUACCAAUAACUACUAAGAUGUAAUAAUUUUCGUAGAUAAUUAUCGAUCAUUUAGUGGAUAAGGCUUUAACUAAUGGAAAGUAGAGUGAAUAAUCCUCUUGCGUAAAUAAACUAACCAAAUGUUGUAGUGACGUCAUCAGUCUAAAUCGAAGAGCGGAGAGAGUAGCUGAAGGCGGACCUAAUAAGGUGAACGUCAGUGCUCGUGUAGAAUCUUUUAGAGUGAUGUAAAUUUUGUACUAGUUCAACUUACUCGCGAUCGCCGACAAAAUGUCAGACACCGAAAAAAGUCAAUUUUCGAAAGAAGAGCUUAAGAAGCGACUUACUCCAAUUCAAUACCACGUUACACAAGAGAAAGGAACAGAGAGGGCUUUUACUGGAAAAUUCAACAAAACAACAGAAGCCGGCAUGUACACUUGCAUCGUCUGUGACGAACAGUUAUUUGCUUCAGAGACGAAGUUUGACUCAGGAUGCGGCUGGCCUGCUUUCAACGAUGUCCUUGACCAAGGAAAAGUGAAAUUGACGAAGGAUACAUCUCAUGUUGGAGGCAACCUUCUCUUGUUAAUCGCCAACCCAGGCAUGGUGCGGACUGAAGUCACCUGUGCAAAAUGCGGGGCGCAUCUAGGCCACGUCUUCAAUGAUGGACCAAAGCCCACACGGAAGCGUUUCUGCAUCAACAGUGCCUCUCUUAACUUCUACCCAGCACAGUCAGCGCAGCCUGAAUAAAACAUCAGGCCCAACUAGCACUAUGCAGUUAGAAGGCAGCAUGAUGAAGAAAUGGAGUGUCCUCUCGUGCAACUGCUGGUGCAGUUGACAUCUUUCUAUAACAAGCAAGUUCUUACUACUCUUUCUGAACAUACAGUUCAAUCUCAACUUCUCAGAGAAAUGCAAGGAUUGUUACAACUCAAAAAAUGAACACAAUAUUUUUGUGGUAUUAUACUUAAAGAAAUGUGUGAAACUACUUGUAACACUGUGUUUUCAAAUUAAGUGCUUAGUUGUCUGUUCUAUACUAUUUUCAUAUGUUUGCAGUUAAUGAGAUGUCACAAUCCCUGAAACAUGACUUGAGAAGUAGUUGUGUGUAAAGGCCUAAGAUAAUUGCUAAGUUGUGCUUGUGCAGAGCAGGCUACUAGUCAUGUCAGCCUUUGCUAGCAUCCUCUUAAGAAUGCCAGCACAGGGACCCCGUGCCAAAAGCCAGAGCCUUGCCAGGCACAGAGCUUCCUAUCAGGUAGCGAGUUAGUGGCUGACCUGUUUCUGUGAUAACUUUUUGAAUCUCACAUACUGCUCUGAGCUUGUUUUUUUUUGUAUUUGUGCUUUGUUAGGUUUGGUUCUGCACUCUUCUGUAUUUGUUAAUAUUUACUGAAAGGCUCAUGCUUUCUGCACAAGCACAUUUUGGGCUAAUUAAUAAUAUGAACGCAUAACUGUAUGUGCAAGAUAUACUCGAAUGUAUUGGGCCUCUCUAAGUACACAAGUGCCUUGUUUGUAUGUGGGGCAGUAGCUCAGGUUCCUAAGUUGUGCAUUCAGUACUCAAACAGUGUACUUAAAAUGUCCUGAGAUAUAUUGUAUGUCAUUUGUUAAAUUCUGUAGAAUAAGCUAACUGAGUACUGGUGAUUGGUUGUGCUAAAGGUGUAGGGCUUUCAUGACUAACCCACAUAUAGGAUUCAACAUCCUUUGUGGUUAAAACUGCUUUUCAUCUGAAGAGGCUAUGUAUGAGCAGUUGUGAAAGAUCUGAAUUUGCAAUUUUUAAUGUGUAUUUAACAUUUUUAUUUGAAAUGAAAAUAACACCUAGUCAGUAACGAUAUUGUAGUAUUACUACUAUAUUAUAUACAAUAAAGUUGAUCUAAAAAAUGUACUAUUUCAUUGAC